ACUUCUGGCUACUGCUGAUGAUGGGCGUGUUGUUCUGCUGUGGGGCAGGGUUUUUCAUCCGCAGACGCAUGAACCCCUCCCCACUUCCUGAGGACACCUUCAAUGUGUCAUUCACCAGACACCCAAUGACAGCUUCAGGACUGCAGCAGCCCGGCAUGCAAAACUAUGGAGCCUCAGGAGGGAUGAUCCUCACCCCUACAUACCCUAUACAGGCCCAUCCCCACCCGGUCCACCCCUCCCACAUGGCAGCACCCUACCCACACCCUCCCCCUCCCGCCUACUGCAACCUCCCUCCUCCACCCUACGAACAGGUGCUGCAGGCCUCAGAAAAGAGGUAACCAGGAGGUAAAAGACAUUGGAAUUAAUUAAAUGAUUUCAAACCCUUUAGAGUUCUCAACCCUGCCACAACUGACAGCAGAGAUGGGUCACUGGGCCACGUUCGAGUAGAAAGCGAGUCUGGUAUGGUAAUGGAAUAGCAUCUCGAUGGUAAAAACAUCCAUGCUCAUUAAGGGCUGGUUUCCUGGACACAGAUUAACCCUGAUCCUGGACUAAAAAGCAUGCAUUGAAACAUGUAUUAUAAUAGCUUUUAGUCCGGGACUAGGCUUAAUCUGUGUCUGAGAGCAGCCUCAGUUUGAAUCACAAUGGAUCGGUCUCAGUGUUUGUUUUCAUGUCACCUCUCUAAGAUGUCGACCAGAGGUGAGACCCAAUAGUAUAAAACAGACAUGGAUCCAGACAGUUUGUCUAUUAACAACUAGCCUGCCUGCAUGGUGCUCUGUCAACAACACUGUGUCAGCUGGAAGAGCAGCAUCUAUCUGAGCAUAACUCAGAUCACCCACUCAGGAUAUAGGUAUUAUUGCCCACUAUCUGUUAUGUUUUUAAUAUCACUGCUGUCGGAGCAUUUAGUAUCACUAGUACAGAUCAGCAGCCUAGUACAGAUCAGUAGAUUAGAUCAGAUCAGUAGCCUGUAAUACUGUGGACAUACUGUAGAAAUACCAACUCUGUUUCCCUUUGUGGCCCUCAAAAUGCAUUUUGUGUAUGUCUUUCAGUGGAGGCUGCGGAGGGGAGAACGGAGCAAAUGGAAUGGCAUCAAACACAUGGAAACCAUGUUUGAUGUAUUUGAUACCAUUCCACUCAAGUCA